AGAAUGAGGCUGAAGACUGGAUCUCUAGGGCUGGUUUUGAUGCUGAUCUUGGAGGCGGUGUCCCAAAAGCUGCCAACCCGCGACGAGGGCCUCUUCCAGAUGCAGAUCCGUGACAAGGCCCUUUUCCAUGAUUCCUCCAUUGUGCCUGAUGGAGCGGAAAUCAGUGGAUAUCUAUUCAGGGACACUCCCAAAAGGUACUAUUUUGUGGUGGAGGAAGACAACACCCCACUGUCUGUGACCGUCACCCCAUGUGAUGCACCUCUAGAAUGGAAGCUUACACUACAGGAAUUACCAGAGGAAGCUAGUGGAGAGGGUUCAGGUGAGCCGGAGCCCCUGGAGCAACAAAAACAGCGAGAGCAGCAGGUGACGGCCAACGAGGGCACUGAACUCCUUUCCUACAAGGGCAAUGAUGUGGAGUCCUUUGUCUCCACCAGUUCCCCCUCAGGGCUCUACCAGCUGGAGCUGCUCUCCACUGAGAAGGAUUCCAACUUUAAAGUCUACGCCACCACCACGCCUGAGUCAGACCAGCCCUACCCUGAACUUCCCUAUGACCCAAGGGUCGAUGUGACAUCCUUGGGCCGUACCACCGUCACACUUGCCUGGAAACCCACCCCCACUGGCUCUGUGAUGGGACAGCCUGUCCAGUACUGUGUCGUCAUCAACAAGGAGCACAACUUCAAAAGUCUGUGCGCUGCUGAGGCCAAGAUGGGCACUGAUGAUGCUUUCAUGUUUGCCCCCAAACCUGGACGGGACUUCAGCCCCUUUGACUUUGCCCACUUUGGCUUCGUGCCAUCUGAGAAUGAUUUUAGCAAGGCCCGCUCCUUAGCGGCCAACCGGGCUCUGAACUCCAAGCUGUCUCGCUCCUUCAGUCCCAAACCCAAGACUUCAGACAUCCAGAAAUUGUGCAUUGGCAACAAAAACAUCUUCACCGUGUCGGACCUUAAGCCUGACACGCAGUACUACUUUGAUGUUUUCGCUGUCAACGUUGCCACCAACACUAGUACAGCCUAUGUGGGUACUUUUGCCCGCACCAAGGAGGAGGCUAGGCAGAAGACAGUAGAGCUCAAGGAUGGCAAGGUAGCUGACGUGUUCAUCAAACGCAAAGGCAGCAAGUUCUUGCGUUUUGCCCCUGUCUCCUCUCACCAGCGGGUGGCACUCUACGUGCAUGCCUGCCUAGACGCUGUACAGGUGCAGGUGCGACGUGGUGAUGGCAAGUUGCUCCUCUCGCAGAACGUGGAGGGUGUGCGGCACUUCCAGCUGCGGGGCAAGCCCAAGGCCAAGUACCUGAUCAGACUGCGUGGUAGCCGUCGAGGUGCAUCCACCCUGAAGGUCCUGGCCAGCACGAGGCCUGGCGGGAAGCAGCCCUUCCCAGCCCUGCCUGAGGACACGCGCAUCAAAGCUUUUGACAAGCUGCGCACAUGCUCUAGUGUCACCGUAGCCUGGCUGGGCACGCAGGAGCGUAACAAGUACUGCGUGUACAAGCGAGAGGUUUCUGAAGGUUACGGUGAGGAGCAGCGGCGCCGUGAGCAGAACCAAUGCACGGGGCCGGAGACGCGGCGCAAGUCCGAGAAGGUGCUCUGCAAGUACUUUCACAGCGCCAACCUUCAGAAGGCGGUCACCACGGAGACCAUUACCGGUCUGGAGGCAGGGAAGACAUACCUGCUGGACGUUUACGUGGUAGGCCACAGUGGGCAUUCCGUUAAGUAUCAGAGCAAACUGGUGAAAACGAGGAAGUACUGCUAA